CUCAUGGAAAAUUUCGGGAUAACCCACCAGUCACCUGAACUCAAGUCACCUGGGGGAGAAAAAUUUACCAGCACGAGGCAGACGAUGAAUGCCUAAUUUGACUUGGUUCUGCAUGCAAGUGUGUUCUCUCUCCUGCAGGUCAGUCCCAAAAAGCAACCCAACCAUGUGUCAAAAGAUCAUCCCUGCAAUCUGCAGCCGACCACAGAGAGAACAGGAGUCGCUUGGAAGCAUGACAAACAAACACAUCACGGGCAAAAAAAUUAAAAAAAGAAACAACAGAUUUCAGGCUAAACAACACAGCAGCAUAGAUGGAACAGCGUCGUAGCAAACACAGCGGAACAGAGGGGGAAAAUAAGCGAGACAUUAUGCGCGUGAGAAGCAAAUAAACGUGACAAAAUUCUGAGCAAAGACUACCGCCGGUAAUCGCCGGUAAUUCCCACAUUGACAAGUCACACACG